GUAGACCGGACGCUCCAACAACAACAGCUCGUCAGACACCUCUGUAUCUUUCUAGCAAACACCGCUACAACAUUCACUCUCUUUACAGUCUUUUGGUGUAUAUUAGUCGCUGUGUAUUAAACACUUCCGUCGUAUGUACUUGUUGGCCCAUUUAAUUAUAUAUUUACGUUGUUUGUCAGCAAGCUGGUUUGCUAAGUUUGCUGAGAACUAGGCUAGUCGCUAAUGCUAGCUAGCUAACAUCUCCGACCAUGAGUUCACUAAGCUACUUUCCUCUUGCUAAAGGAGAGUGGGUCUGCUGGACGGAGAAAGAAGCUCUUGUGAAAGAGAAGGAUGUUACAAUACAAAAACAAGAAGAGGGUGAGGCUGUUACCGUGAAAGAGGAAGAGAAAGACGUUUCAGUGAAAGAAGAGGAAGACGCGUUCAGAGUGAAAGAGGAGGAUUUCACAGUAAAAGAAGAGGAACAUUUCACAGUAAAAGAAGAGGAGGAUUUCACAGUAAAAGAAGAGGAGGAUGCAGUUUUUGGACUGAAAGAGGGGGAGAUGACUGUUCCAUCCACAAAGGAGGAGGAAAAAGAGGAGUUUGGCGAUCUGGGCCCGGUUUCCCAAACGCAUCUUAUGGCAUCCAAUGGUUCUAACGAUGUUAACACUAGAGAGAGACGGGACAAUCGUGGAUCCUCUGGGGAUCCUCAACAAAAUCAUGAUGAUGUCAAGGCAGACAAGAGUCUCUCCAGAUCAGAACUCCUCAAGAAACACCAGCAGAGACCCACAGGGAAGAAAUCUAAUUGCUGCUCUGACUGUGGGAAAAGAUUCAACUCUUCAUUAAAACUUAAAAUACAUCAAAGAAUUCACACUGGAGAGAAAUCUUUUGGCUGUGAUCAAUGUGGGAAGAGUUUUACUGCAUCUAGCCAUCUGACUUUACACCAGAGAAUACACACAGGAGAGAAACCUCAUAGCUGUGAUCAAUGUGGGAAAAGUUUUACUCGGCCAGACAGCCUGAUGGUACACCAGAGAACACACUCAGGAGAGAAACCUUAUAGCUGUGAUCAAUGUGGGAAGAGUUUUUCUACAUCUGGCCAGCUGACUUUACACCAGAGAAUACACACAGGAGAGAAACCUUAUAGCUGUGAUCAAUGUGGGAAGAGUUUUACUACAUCUGGCCAGCUGACUUUACACCAGAGAAUGCACACAGGAGAGAAACCUUAUAGCUGUGAUCAAUGUGGGAAGAAUUUUAUUUCAUCUGGCCAGCUGACUUUACACCAGAGAAUACACACAGGAGAGAAACCUUAUAGCUGUGAUCAAUGUGGGAAGAGUUUUACCACGUCUAGCCAGCUGACUCUACACCAGAGAACACACACCGGAGAGAAACCUUAUAGCUGUGAUCAAUGUGGGAAGAAUUUUUCUAGAUCUGACCAUCUGACUUUACACCAGAGAAUACACACAGGAGAAAAAUCGUAUAGCUGUGAUCAAUGUGGGAAGAGUUUUACUAGAUCUGGCCAUCUGACUUUACACCAGAGAAUACACACAGGAGAGAAACGUUAUAGCUGUGAUCAAUGUGGGAAGAAAUACUCUGAUAAAAGAUCUAUGAUUAAACAUCAGAAACAUUGUUUCAUGAUAUCAACGAAAUAAUGUCACAAUGUAGAAUGUUUUAACAUUGUAGAACGAUUAUUUUAAUCAUGUCACAAUGUAGAACCCUAAAUGUUUGUCCCCCGUUCUAUCGAUUUCAGCAUAAUAUGGAUAUUAGCAUCAGGGGAAAAAUCCAGGCCCUGAAUUGGAAGAGUACUAUUUAUGAUUUAACAAAAAGUGACCAACAAAAAAACAGUUGUUACACACCACGUUGGUGACCCAAAAUGCAACACUUCAAAAUGUAGCGAGCAGUUUUCAACAAAUUGUCCUCUAGCCAGUGAUGUACACAUUAUUCCCAGAUUCCGUGUGGUUUUUGCUGCGUUCAUUUUUACAGGACGUGCAGCCUCCUCUCCCUCCUCUCGCACAAUUGAUUUCAACAUGAUAUCGAUGAGUGAUGACAAAUAAGUGUUGUGUUCCUUUGUUUUUCGACCCCUAAAUUUAAAUGCAUCACUCCCAAAUUGUAGCCGACUGUCUUCUGCAGGUUGUCCUCUAACCAGUGAGGUAAAAGAUAUCUCCCAUUUCCAUGUGUUUUUUAGUUGUUAGUUUCAACAGCACGUACAACCUGAUUUCCCCCCUAAUCGAUAUCAGUGAUUUAUUGCUACUUGUCAAAACAACAGCGUUUUUGGUGCUUGUGCAGUUUAUAAGGUGCUUGUUUAAGAAAAUACUUCAUAUGAUUAUUGUGGCAGUUGUUUGUGUAGAUAGUACAUUUUAUGUUUAGGAUUUCAAUUUAUCACAAACUUUUUCUGUAUUUGGACUAUUGAUUUGGACACGUUUAAACUGUGACAUUAGGGCUACCCCACCUAGCAAAAUGUAGUUGAAAAUAAGACUAUGCGAAAGUUGAAAAGAAAACAAUUUAAUUGCAAUGUACUUACAGCCUAUACACAUGGACUCAGUAUAAUAAAUUGGUCAUUUAUCAAUUUUCUAUCACUCCGGUAUUUCUUUACAACAUUCAAAUGCUAAUUGUCUUUAUUCCACUACUGAAGAAGCAUGACUCAAAUCACCUCAUAUUUCAAACGUCCAGCCUGACAAAAGAUAAAUGUUUUAUUAUUCCAUGCCUCACCCGUAGUUAAGUUAAUUAUUGUCAAUACAUUCACACUGGAGGAUAUUUCAGGAGUUUCCUCUUGAAAUCAGACAUGUCCGUGAUAAGAACAACUCGGUUGCUGAUUGUCUCAAGCAUGGGCAGUCUAAAUGUUUUGUGUUUUGCAUUUAGCCAGUGCGUUGCCAAGGAUCACAAUUUAUUUUGACUGCACGUUUUUCCGUAUUGGAGAUGAGUUUUGUUUGGGCUCGUUCCAAGGGGACGAGAGUUCUCGAAGCUAGUGAGUUUUAGGAAGACGAGAGUUCCAGAAGCUAAUGAGUUUUAGGAAGAAGAGAGUUCUAGAAGCUCGUGAGUUUUACGAUUCUAUAGAAAGAAAAAUGAGUAAAAAAAUGUGUAUUAUUUUUUAGAAAUACGUGCUUUUAUUUGUAUUUAAUUAUUGACAGCCAGUAGAUACCAUGUUUAUAUUGUUUAAUGUGAAGCAUUGUAGUUGAUUAUAAUGAGAAAUGGAAGUUUUCUGUUGGUGGUGAGCAAACUUGUCCAACAAAUAUAUAGGAUAUAUUUGUUGUCUAAAAGGGGAAGUUGUUACAGGCUUUGGUUUUUCCAUUUAUACUUUGAGGUUGGAGUUUAGCACGUAUAGCUCGUUAGCAUGUAGAGCGCACAGAUUGGUGUCACCUUGUUACACCUGUUUAAUAUUUUAAUCAAUGGAUUUUCCUCAGGGUCAUUAGUCUUUCAGUUGUUAUUCUUCUGUUUUUUUAUCCUCUUAUGUUUGUUGUGGUAAAUAUUUUUUUCAUAUUCAGUUUUUUCCUGUGAAGCCAUUGUGUUGCAUCCAUGUCUGAAAUGUGCUGUAUAAAUAAAGCUUGAUUUGAUUUGAA